AUGGGAUAAAAAUUUAAACCAAACUAGCAAAAAUAAGAUUCAUCUGCUCAACAAUUAGCUAAUAAGAUAACCAUGAGGAAAUCUGAUAAAAAAACUAAAAGAUUUUAAAUUAUAAUAGCGAUUUCAGGAAUUUUAGGAGCAGCAUUUUUAUAUUUAUCGUUCAUAAAUACUUAAAAUAAAUCUAGAGUUAUUUUGGUUGAUGAAAAUCCUGAUUAUUUUACUAGUGAGGCACCACAUUAUGGAAAGUAGUACCACAUUAAAGACCACAUCAAGCGCGAAGCCCACCCUGACUUCUAAAAGUAUAAUUAAAAAGUAAAACCUGAAAUAGACAUUGAUUGGAUAGAACAUGAAAGAGAGGCUAGAUAUAUUGUUUAUAAGUUUUUAGAAUACUCGAAUAUUACUUUAGAUGAGUAAGUGCAUUAUGAAGGAAAGGAAAUCAAAUGGUCACCAUAUCUAAAUAUCAUAAACAACAAUAAAUAUUGCUUAAAUAGUGACCUUUAUCACCUAAUGCAUCCAGAUUCAAUAAAUAAAAACUAUUUGAUUUUUAGUGAUUAUGACAAAACAACAAUGUCUCGAGAAGUUGUUAGUGAUUUUGGAAUAGAUUUAUUACCUGAAUUAGAAAAUUUAGAUUACUCCAAGUAAUAUACAGUAGGAACCAAAAAUAUGCCACUAGAGACAACAUUGAUUUAUUCUUAAAUAUCAAGAAUGCAUCACUACUUUGAAAUAAAUAAGUAACUCUUUUGUAACUUUUAAAUGGCAAAUCACAUACCAGGAAAGUGGUCAAUAACAAAUAAAGAUGUUGUCAUAGAUAAAUAUAGAGAGUAUUAACAAAAAUAAUUUAUAGAUCCAUAAGUUUGUAAGAAAACAAUGACCUAUAUGCCUAGGUCAUUUAGGCUAUAUGAUGAAAAUGAAUGCAAAUAAUUCUUUACUCAUAUUUAAAGUUAAGAGUAUGAAGAAUCUAUGAAAAAAUAAAGUUUUUCUUACCUCCUAAAACAAGGUGAAGACGUGCAUAGAGGUGAAGGAGUUCAUUUGUUUACUUCUAAAUUAAGAGAUGAAAUUUUGUAAAAAUAUGAUAAAGGUUCAAAGUGUGGUGAAAUUUUGGAUAAAUUAAUAGCUUAAAAAUAUAUUUCAAACCCUUUAAAGUAUGAAGGCCACAAGCUAGAGCUGAGAAUGUACUUCUUAAUAGCUAGUACUAAUCCUCUUAUUAUAUAUGUUUAAAAGCAAAACUUCUUAAAAAAAUGCUAAUUACCCUUCGAUAUAUAGAGUACAGAAAGAGCUUCACAUAUCUGUAAUAUUUCUGCCCCUAAAGGUUAAUCUUAAAGUUCUGGCCUUGAUAUAUUUUUAGAAGAGCUUACUGAGUACUAUCUUGAAAAGGGAAUAAUUAAAAAUCCUAAAUGGUUAGAAGAAACAAUAUAUCCUUAAAUAUACAGAGCUUUGGUUCAUUUAGUUAGGAGUGGACAAUAAAAUUUGUUAAAAGACUCAAGAUUCUUUGAAAGCUUUGCUGUAGAUUUGAUUAUUGAUGAAAACUAAAGAGUUUGGUUUUUAGAAAACAAUCCUAACCCAUAAAUAAUGAGACUGACAUGGAGAAGAACUAGACGUAAUUAUAUCAUGUUUGGAGAUAUGUUUUAAAUUUAAUAUGCUUAUCUCAGAUCUAGAGCCCUAAGAUUAAAUAGAUUUGCUAAAUUUCUUUUACCUUUAUACUAACAGUAUAAAACUCUUGAUGUUUCCGAUUUCGAUAGAGGAUUUAGAAGAGCAAACUAAAAUGAUCUUGAGCCUGAAUUUGAAAAUGAAAUAAGAAAGGAUUCUACCUACAUUAAAGUAUAUGAUGAUAAUCUUGAAGGAAAGAAGAAAUUCAUGGGCUUCUUGCCAUAUGAGUGCCUUUAUUAAAUUACAAAUACUUAAACUGAUAAAGAUAAAGAUUAAGAAAAAGAUAAAGAAAAAGAAAAAGACAAUGGUCAAAGUUGA